AUGUUGACUAUCUUUUAUCCCUUAGGUUCUGCCUUCAUAACCUACCAGAAGGGGAUCACUUCCUGCACCUUCGCUUCCCCCAACGGAGCCUACAUCUCUGUGGGCCCUGAGGGCUGCAGGGUUACUGAAGUUGCCUUCUUACUGGUCGGCGGCCCGCCCCACCCAGUUCACCCGCCGCCGCCGCCGCCCGGAGCUCUUAGAAGCCAGCCUCAGUCCCCCACCCAGCCAGUGGGGUUCCGCUCUUCUGAGGUCCUGGCAACUGCCCGCGCGCUCCCCACAGCUGCCCCUUCCGCCAGCACCUCUCGGCCAGGUCCCUCCUCACCCACUAACUACCACCGGCGAGUCCUCCUGGCUCCCGAGUCCGGGACUCGGCUCUUCUGUCAGAGCACGAAUCAGUUUCUCACACACCGAGCGGCGCACCAUCCACAUGCUUCACUGUUUACUGCGUGCGGCCCCGGCGGGAUUCUGGGCUGGGGACUCGUCCUUGCCCAGCACCUGGCGGAGCCCGCGCACAGGGUCCGCAAGUGUUCGGUGGCGUGA